GUAACUAUAUAAGAUUAUACUGUAUAAGUAUCUCUAUAAUUCCAAUAUUUUCAAAUUUAAAAGUUAUUAAUUAUCAAUACAAUUUUUUACUACCAAAUAUAACUUUAAUAUAUUUUAAAUGGAACAUUUAUAUUUUUAAUUCUACAUUCUAUUUAAUAUAUUUCAUUUUUUAAAUAUGGAUAGUCAUCUCACGAAUCAGGAAAAUGAGGCGCCAAAAUAUCAGAACACUUAUCGUUUGAAUGCUUAUAAUCCUUUUAAAAUAGAUCCAGUGGAUAAGAUUGUAAAAAUGAUAAUGAUAAAUAAGCUAGAAGAUAUCUCUUAUGAUGGUAUGGAAUGCUCGAAAAUUUGUGAGUCAGUAGCCACCGAUAUCAGAGAAAAAAUAAAAAAUUUGAACUUUGAUCGAUAUAAAAUCGUGGUCAAUCUAACCAUCAUAGAGAAAGCUAAUCAAGGUAUACAAUCAAUUAUGGGAUUUCUUGCGGAUACCAAGAGAGAUAAUUAUUCUACAUUUACAUACGAAGCUCGAACAUUUUACGCUUAUUGUUUUGCAUUUGGAAUUUAUUACGAAUAAACGUUAAUAUUUUAACAUUAAUUCUCUGCUAUUAUUUCAUGGCUACUUAUACAUGUUAAUAAAAAUAUAUUAGGGAACAAAUGAAAAAAUUUGUAACCUGCUUAUUUGAUUUUGAUCAUGUUUUACAUGUGUCACCAACGUCAAUGGAUGGUAGAUUUGGGCAUAAGAUUUCGGGAAAUUUUAAAUAUAUAUGUAUGUGGAUAAUAAUAAUAAGAAUCAAUACGUGUGUGCAUGCAUUGAUUUAAUCAUAUAUUCAUUUAUCUUCCACCGAUUAUUGUGUCAACAAGAAUAUCAUCAUCAGAAUUUUUCUGAAUCAAA